GAAUGAAAGUUUAACUGCGCUGUGCGCAUGAAGUCUAGUUUGCAUGAUUAUCGGUUAAUGAAAAGAAGGUGAAACGUAAAAGCGCAAGACGACAAUCGAACUCGGCGAGCGAUAGAAGUAAUUCGUGCUGUUGGCAAUUUUCUUUGGCUAUAUCUAUUCAUGUAAAUAGUUUAACAGACGAAAUAUAAGUAUCGUGUUAUAUCAGCGUAUCCAGCAAUCAAAAUUUAUCCACAAAAUGCUAAGUAAAAUAGUUAAUAGGACAUACUAUCGAUUCACAGCCUGAUUGGUUAAGUCAGUGUUGAAUGCAAGUAUGGCCGCCCUGCCAUCACCCACGCAGGUGGCUGGAAGCCAUACUGAUAUAUAUGAAGCCUAUUAUAAUCAGGUUGAUCCCAAUGGAUGUGGGCAGAUUGGUGCGAUGGAAGCUGCGAGAUUUCUUAAGAAAUCCCAGCUAAGUGAUGCUAUAUUAGGUGAAAUAUGGGAUAUGGCAGAUCCUCAAUCACGUGGAUUAUUAGAUAAAUCUGGGCUUUUUGUUGCUCUUAAACUUUGUGCAUUAGCACAGGCAGGAAGGGAAAUUAGUAUGUCAAAUUUAAGUUUGGAACUGCCACCUCCAAAAAUGGGUGAUAUUUCUAUACCAUACUCUAAAAACGUAGUAAAUGCUUUGCCAGUAAUAACACCUGUCAGUACCGGAGAUUGGUCUAUUAAACCAUCAGAAAGAGCCAAAUAUGAUCAGCUUUUUGAUAGCUUACAACCUUCAAAUGGAUAUAUACCUGGGAAUAAAGUAAAGGGUGUUCUUAUAGAUAGUAAACUUCCUUUGGAUACUCUUGGAAAAAUUUGGGACCUUGCAGAUAUGGAUAAAGAUGGUAUGCUGGAUAGACAUGAAUUUGUUGUUGCUAUGCACUUAGUAUAUAAAGCAUUAGAAAAAUAUGCAAUCCCAAGUGUACUUCCGCCAGAAUUAAUGCCACCUGGUAAAAGAAAAGACUCAAUACCUAUAACAAAAUCUCCUGCAUCUAUAGGAAUAAUAACAACAGCUCCACCACCUAUUCCACCUUUACCAAAUGUAUCUUCUGUAAAAAGUAUGCCUAGCAUGGAUACAGCAAAGACAAAUGUGCAAUGGGUAGUUUCAUCUGAAGAUCAAAUAGCAGCAGAAAAAUUGUUUUUGCAAGCUGAUCUAGAUAUGGAUGGAUAUGUCUCAGGUAUUGAAAUCAAAGAUGUCUUCCUUCAAAGUGGACUUCCACAAACUGUAUUGGCUGAUAUAUGGAGUCUUUGUGACACAAUGCAAACUGGGAAGUUAAAUAAAGAACAAUUUGCUCUGGCUAUGUGGUUCAUUAAACAAAAGUUAAGAGGUAUUGACCCACCUGCAACUUUGACUCCUGAUAUGAUACCGCCUUCUAUGCGAAAACCUUCUGAUACAAUUGUGGAAAAUAAUAAUAUAUCUGGAUAUUCGAAUCCAGAGCUGGAUAUGAUAAGCAAAGAUAUAGCAGAACUUGUGAGGGAAAGACAAAGUAUGGAACAAGACAUAGCUCAGAAAGAAGCUGAUAUUAAAAUAAAAAAUGGUGAAAUAAAAAGUUUACAAAGUGAAUUGGAUACUUUAGCUGCUACAUUAAAACAAUUGGAGAAUCAGAAGGGCGAAGCGCAAAAACGAUUGAAUGAUUUGAAGGCUCAGAAGGCAGAAGUAGAUAAAGAUUUGAGUGAAGUCGAGCAGAAGAUUCAUGAAGAACAAAAAAAGGUUGAUAAAUUACGUCAGCAAGCAGAAGAGCAAGAAUCAGUUUUACGUGCUCAAGAGGAAGAACUGAAUUCCAAACGGCAAGAAUUGGAAGGCUUGAAACAAGAAGAACAACAAUUAGAGCAACAGCAAAAUAAAAGCAGGGACCAAUUAAAUGAACUCACAAAAAAUUUACAGGAUACCCAAUUACAAAUUUGUCAAGCUAAAGCAAAAAUCACUCAUUUGCAAGAACAGCAACGACAGAUGAGUGAUGCAAUUGCACUUUAUGACUCUGCACUUGCAGCAGGGGAUGCCACUCUUGUACCUGAUACUAGUCUACAAUUUAAUCCGGAAAUUGAGGAACCAGAGUAUAAUGAGGAUGGGGCACAAGAGAAAAAGCGAGAUUCAUUUUCUAAUGCAAACGGAACAGGUUUGGAUGGAUUUGAACAAGAUCCUUUUGCAUCAAAUAAGGCUCAAGAAGCAUUUGCAGCAACAACACCAGAUCCAUUUGGGAGCGCAUUUCCAUCUCAAAAUACUGGAGGAUUCACAUCUGAUCCAUUUAGUGCAUUUGAUAAUAGUAAUGUCAUAAAACAAGAUCCUUUUGAUCCAUUUGGAGAUAGUAAAAGAACUGAUACUAAAACUGGAAAUGUAAUAACUACAACAAAGGAUCCAUUUGGAGAUGAUCCGUUUGCAAAUCUUCAUGCACCACCUCGUCCAGAAAGUCCUAGUCCUGCUCUUCCUCCUAAAAAGGCAAAACAACCGCCACCACGACCAGCACCUCCACGUCCUUCUCAAGGACCUACUGGUCCUCUUCGAGCAGCACCAGCACCGCCUACUCCUUCUCCCACUCCUGAUCCUUUUGCAAACGCUAAUACGGAUCCCUUCUCUGCUCAACAAGGAGUGAUCGACAACAACAACAGUACUUUCACUAGCUCAACCGGAUUUGCAGAUUUUGCAAAUUUUGAUUCCAAGCCGGAACCAACACCGAAUCGAACGGCGCCACCGAGACCAACGAGCAGAGCACAUACAGUAUAUCCAAAGUUGCCCGACUUCACGGAAGACCCCUUUAGAGAUUACCGAUACGAAGAUCCAUUUAACAUAGCUGAUCCUUUCGCUGACGAUGCAGAAGAUUUGAACGCUAAUAAGAGCAAAGAGACGGGCAAAGUGGAUCCAUUUGGUUACGGAACAACUUCAAUACCUCCUCGUGAGAAUUCCUUCUCCAAAAGUUUCGAUGCUGAUUUUUCAAAUACUUUUCCAUUGACUAGAAACAAAAUUGACAAAGACAAUGCUAAAUUUGAUGCUGACUUCAUGAAGGCAUUUUCCGAUGAUAACAGAAAUAUAAAGACUGUUGAAUCUGACGUUUUUUCUAAUACCAAGCCAAAAGCAGUGGAUAUAGAUGAAGCAUUUUCUGCCAAGAGUGAGAAGUUAAUUAAAAAACAUGGUCAGGACUUUGCACAUUAUAAAUCUAAAGCUAGCUUUAACGAUAAAAAGUCGAAAAAUGAGACUGGUAAAAUUUGGAAUGGUAAUAAUACACCAUUAUCGUUGACAGAAGAAGAGCAGUUUGUUUGGGCAUCUCAACAAAGUUUAAAAACCGAAGAAGAGAGACGUAGACGUAAACAGAAAGAGGAAGCGGAAUUAGCUUUAGCUCUUGAAUUGAGCAAACAGGAAAAGUCUGGAAAAUUUGAAACCAGAACUGGAAUGCAUAUGAUAUGUUAACUGGACGCAGUCAUAACGGUUAGAAGAUUUCGAAAUCUCUGCACUAAUGAAAGCUACAAAAGAUAUUCACGUAAACUACAAUAAUUAUUCCGCAAUGCUUAUUUUUAAUAUUAUAUACCAUAUCAUAAUUGCUGUGAGACGAAAAUAUUUAGAGAAUAAAACAGAUAUUAGCAAAGCAUACAAAUAUUCAAGAAUCCAUAGAGGCAUAUAUUAAUCAUACAACAUCAAGAACCAUUUUACCGUGUAUGUAAUCAGUGUUGAAUGUGAUCUUUCUGUUUUUCACUUGUCACGAGAUGACUGUAAACAAAUUGUUGAUGCAUCGCAAUUAUUUGAACGUGGAAACUUAUGUAUUAAAUUACACGUAUUUGUUGGCACUCUAAUUUACCACAGAAAUCAAUAGAAUUUUGUAAAAGAAAAAAAGAAAAAAGAUGGAAAGAAAGGAAAAAGGAAGAAAAGAAAAGAUUAAUUAUUGCCUUGCAAUAUCGAAUUCUAAAACAAUGACACUUAUAUAAUAGUAGCUGGUUCUACACUAUUGCUAACAUUAAAUUAGUAUGUAUAAAAAUGAAGUAUAAUGGCAGAUUAUUGGAUUGACAAUAAAACGUUGAGUACAUGUAUUCCGUGAGUUAAAAAUGAGAGGAAUAGUGAUAUAAAUGAUUAUUCGUAUUCAAGCAAAUGAAGGUUCUCAGUGUCAUUACGUGAAACACACUCUUUAAAUAUACAUCUGUACAUUUGUGAUUAGCAGCGGAGUAAUGUUUCUGUUUAAUUUCAUUUAUGCUAAAAUUAUAUGUCCUGUGCAUAGUACUCUAAUUCAAUACGCCGUCACCAGUGUUGAUCGGGAGACAAGUUUACAUUUACAUCAUAGGACUGAAAACUUUGCGCCUCACAAAUUGUUAAUUACAUAGAAACACAAGUAUAAAUAUUACCAAACCGUUGUUACAUACUCUAGUAUGCUUUAUGAUGCAGUAAUUAUUGUGUGUAUGAAAAAGUUUCCAUAAUAAGUUUUCAAUGUAAAACAUAAAUUUAUUGUUCAUCUGAAGACGCAAUAGAGAAAAAAUGGAAAAAUGUGUGUUUCUCUUUAUUAUAUAUCACGUAUCAUUUUAUCAGGACUGAAUAAAAUGAAAUGUUGCGAAUAGUAAAAAAACGAUGGUAUUGUUAAGUUAAAUAGUAAGUGAAUCGUUACAAUUACGUUCACGAGAAUGUCGUCUAAUUUAGCCUUCAGUCUUAGUACGUCCCAAAGAAUAACGUGUUCAGAUAAAGCGUAGCUCCCGUGUUUGUCUCCUGUGAUGCCGUGUCAUAUGGAAUCAUUGAAGUCAAACUCAAUGGGAUGCGUUUAUUUUUACUUUAACUGUUGUACCAUGUAAUUUCACAACGACAAUGUAUUACGCAUGCUGUAUAUAUUAAUAUCUAUAUAUUAUUUCAUCGUAAUUAUUAUGACCACUAUCGUGUUACUAUUGUUAUAUCACUAUCAUUGACAUUACUAUUAUUAUUAUUAUUAUUAUUAUUAUUAUUAUUACUAUUACUAUUAUUGUUGAUAAUGUAGCAUCUAUUACCAUAAUAGAUGCUGCAAUAUAUCGUUUUCCAAUGAAUCGAAGUAAGUGUAAAAUUGUAUUAUAUAUACGUUAUUCAUAUACGUAUAUAUACAUAUAAAUAUUAUAUAUAAUUAUUGUAUAUCGAUAUUGUUAGCGUUUCAAAUGCCUAUAUACAGGGUGUCCCACAUAGUUAGGACAAGCUGUAUCUUCAAAACGAUUGAAAAUGGAAAAAUGUCAUAGGACAAAGUAAUUAAAUGAUGUCAAGUGAUGCAUA